AUGGACAGCUAUUUCAAUACAUCCUCUGUACAGACCAUGAACUACACUGUGGGAAAUGGUUCUGGGUCGGCCUCUUGCGGCUUGAUGGAGAUCUCCGCCCACCCAUUCUUCACCGUAACCUACUCCCUGGUCUUCCUGGUGGGCGUGGUUCUCAACGGCUUCACGGUGCGGGUCUACUUCUGCCGAGCCCAGCGCCACCAAUCCAGCGUGACAGUAUAUAUGCAGAACCUGGCCGCGGCAGACUUCUUCCUCAGCCUGUGUCUGCCUCUCCGCAUUGCCAACUACGCCACCCACAACUCGACCAUCAUGCGCCACGUGUACUGCAACUUUGGAGCCACGGCCUUCUACCUCAACAUGUACGCCAGCAUCCUCUUCAUGGACUACAUCGCAGCCAACAGGUACCUGAAGAUCGUCCGUCCUCUGGAGACCCACACCCUGCAAACGGUGCGUGCUGCCCACUACAUCUCCAUGGCAACCUGGCUCACCCUUCUGGCCUCAUCAUCUGCGUACCUGACCGUAUCCCUCCUCACCACUUGGGGUGCAGAUCUCAUCCCUGGUACCAUAGGCUGCGACUCCCUCCAAAGCACCCAGCUUCUACUGCUCUACAAGAUAAUCCACAGUUUCUCGGCCGCCAUCUUCCUCUUUGUUCUGUUUUCCCUCGUCUUCUUCUACUGGGGCACCAUCCUCAGGCUGCGACAGGCGCAGCUGAACCAGCAGAAACAUCUUUCCUGUGGAUCCGGAAGGAACCUCAGCCGCUCCAAGAGAAACAUGCUAGUUCUGGUCACUGUGUUCUGCGUGUGCUUUGUGCCGUACCACCUGGUGCGCCUGCCCUACGCCUUCAUCCGGCCCUUCUUGCACAGGUGUUACUGGCAUCAGGCCUUCUACUACAUGAAGGAGCUGGCAGUGCUGCUGUCAGUCCUCAAUGCCUGCCUGGACCCACUCAUCUACUUCAUCUUCUGUAAGACCUUCAGGGCCCAGCUGGGCAUGCAGAGGCGUCUUAGUAUAACAAUGGCACAGCCAGACAGUACAGCUCCACCGCCAGGAGCUAGGAGAAUUAGCCAGGGAACCUGA